GUGUGGAGGCAAACUGGAUUUAUGCUUUGGCUAUGAAGGCUGCGGCAGCCACUGUGUUCAUCCUCCUGACCACUCUUGCUCUUAGGUCUACAGGGAAGAAGUUCCGAUGGUGCACCCUUUCUGACCUGGAGCAGAGGAAGUGCUCAGAGCUAUCUAAAGUGCUUCUGGCAGCGUUGCCUCCUGCCAUGGUCAACGCCUUUGCCAGGGUUUCCUGCAUCAGAGCUCACAACACUUACGACUGCAUUGACAAGAUCAGAGUGAACAAAGCUGAUGCUGUCUCCUUGGAUGCUGGAGAUGUAUAUUCAGCUGUGAAGCUUUAUGGCUUGACUGUGGUGGCAAAGGAGAUCUAUAUGGAAGGUAACUGUGUGUUUGCUGUAGCUCUGGCCAGACGAGGAACGCUGGAUAUCCAAAGGCUAAGAGGGAGCCGCAGUUGCCACAAUGGAGCCAGGUGGACCUCUGGUUGGAACAUCCCUCUGGGCUUCCUUCUGGUUAGGAAUGACCUCAUAUGGGAUGAAGACCAGCCCCUCAGCCACAUCGUCAGUGGUUAUUUCAAUGCCAGCUGCAUCCCCGGCAUCGGAGUCGCCUCUCCGCAGCUCUGCUCCCUUUGCCAAGGACAGAAAUCCUACAUCCAGGACAAGAACCACUUCUGUGAGACCAGCGGUGGCGAACCCUUCUCUGGUUCAGAUGGGGCCUUCAGGUGCUUGAAGAAUGGGGUGGCAGAUGUUGCUUUCCUGGAUCACCUGGCCAUCAUGAAUGCCACAGAGUCAGAACAAGAAGAAUAUGAGUUGUUGUGUCCCGAUGGGUCCACAGCUCCCAUGACUGCUUAUGCUGCCUGCAAUCUGGGCCGAGGGCCAGGACGGGCCAUUGUCACGCGCCACAACUUCAAGAAGAUCGCUAAGAAGUUUCUCACUGUCAUUCAGCACCUCUUUGGAAAGAAGGGAAGGGAGAAGGCCAGAUUCGAGCUUUUCGCCUCUGCGCCAUUCAGAGGGAAGAACCUACUCUUCCACGAUGCGACGCACCACUUCCAGCUUGUUGAUGGGGAGGCUGAAAUCAGCCACGUUCUUGGCUUGGAUUAUGUUGCUCUGCUGCAGGGCUUGGGCCAUGAAGGGAGCUCCCUGGCCAACAGCCUGGUCCGCUGGUGUUGUAUCAGUAACGCUGAACUCCGCAAAUGUGAGGAGUGGGCUCUGAAUGUCAGGUCACACCCACUGGUCUGUGUCCAAGCAAACUCUAUGGCCAACUGCAUUGAGCUGAUCAAGAACAAUGAGGCAGACGCCGUUACACUGGACGCCACACAUGCCUACUUUGCAGGGAGAUGCGCGCUUGUUCCUGUGGCUACAGAAUGUUACGGAGAAGAAUGCACUUCAGCUCAGGGAGAAGAGGAAACUGAGAAGCUGGCCCACCUUACAGCUCUUCCUCCAAUUUAUGCAGUGGCCCUUGUCAAGAAGAAUGCCAAGCAUGUGAGCAUCUACAAUCUGGGAAGGAGGCGCUCCUGCCACAGCCAUGUGUACAGCCCAGGAGGGUGGCUCCUCCUUGCCCAGUACACGCUGGGGGCUCAGGAGAAUGGCACUGCCAACUGCAACCUCAGCUCUGCUUAUGAGGAUUACUUCUGGAAGGGUUGCAUGCCAGGAGGUGGUGGGAACCUUUGCAAAGUCUGCAUUGGGCAAAAGGAGGCGGAGGGAGGAAGGGGGUCAUCCAGGUGCGCAGCCAAUCACAACGAACUCUACUAUGGAAACCUGGGUGCCCUCAGAUGCCUCUUUGGUGAUCCCAGUGGAAGAAGUUUCGGUGAUGUGGCUUUUUUAGAACACCAUAACCUGCUCCAGAAUAUUCAGUACCUGGAUAGCUCAGGCUGGGCAAAAGGAUGCUCUCCAAGUGACCUUGAACUCCUGUGCCUUGACGGCAGCCGCGCAAAUGUGACAGAGUGGAAAGUCUGCAACCUGGGCCUUGUCCCUCCCAAUAUAGUUGUGACACGCCCCGUAACUGUAGCGAAGGUCUAUGACUUCCUGGUGAAGUCACAGGAACAAAGUGUAGGCUUGACCUUUCAGCUCUUUCAAUCAAAGGCAUACGGUGAAAGUGACCUGCUUUUUAAAGAUGCCACUCGGCAUCUCAUUCCUACAAGCCACCUGGACUAUGAGACAAUCCUUGGGGAGGCCUUCUUCCAGCUUGCAGAGUCUGUUUUCAACUGCACACCUGCAGGCAUCCUGGACUUCUGCAAACAAGACACUUGCAUCUAUUCAGAGCAUCACUGAUGUUGUUUCCAGGGAAACUCCAAAAACAGAAGUGAGACUGCAGUGGAAGAUUUGAUACAUUUGCCAGGAAGGCAGAGAAUUGCCAGGAGGCUCUGUGGGCUUCAUAAGUGGCUGGCUGUUUUCCUUAGGAAACACAUGCAAGGUGGGUUUUGUACACCAGCUAAUACUAGAAUGUCACCUGCGUUGGUAGCCAGCCUCCAGUACCACCAUGCUGGAACAGCUCUUGAUUUCCCUGCUGCUUAAGUUUUCCUCAGGCUGUAUCUUCAGUUAUUCCAAAACACACACUUGCCUAGAAACAUUUCACAGCAGCUUACCCUGGAAUGGCUUGCAUAAGAUUUACUUGCAGAGCUACUGGUAUUUAACAGCUAGCCAUGCAUUUCCCAAUCUGAUACUCUCCAGGUCUUGUAUAUCACUGAAAAUUUAAAUAAAGGCAUUGCUAUAAAACAAAGAAAUCCAUUUAACACA